CCAACCGCCGCUCUGCGCCCCGGAACCGCUUCCGCGGGCGACCCGGAAGUGGCGGCGGCAGCGGAGGGGUCUGUGGGCGGCGGCCGGCGCUAUGUUUGUAACGGUAGCGGCCUUGGCCAAGAGCAAAUCUAAGUAAGUGUUUUCCUCAUCAGCUUUUGAUUUCUCCUACUACCCUAUAUCUUCAAGUGACUUGACAUAAUAUUAGGUAUCUCUAGCAUUUUGUAAUGUACCUGAGAGGACUGCAGUCCUUGAGUCUAGCUGCAUCCUCUGCAUGUGUGUCUUUUCACAGAUAUAUCCUAGUGAGGAUGAAGAGUGCGGCGGAGACUGGCUACUGUUUCAACGUCAGGAGACUCCGGCUACAGGAGAAAUUGGUCCUGUACAAGUACGAUCCCAUUGCAAAACAACGUGUCCUCUUCACAGAGAAGAGAAAAAUCCGCUCGCUCUGAACAAUGACCGGAGUUGAUUUAUGUGAGAGGAGAGAUGGUCUGGGGGGAGGAUGGGGUGAAUGCUGAUUCAGAAAUCCAGCAACAUGGGCUGAAAAGAGAGGAAAUGAACUGGGAUCACCGUCUCCUGUGAUUUGAAGGCCAUUGUGAAUAAAACAAUGUAGAGAGAGAAAAUUCUUAAUGUCUGGACAUAGAUCAUCAGAGUAACAUUUAUUUAUCUUUUGAGUUAUUUUUACAGUACUCAAUUAAAAAAAAAUUAAAUAGCAAAUCCCAUUGUGUUUUCCAUUGUGAAAGAGGCUGUAAUCUUCAAAGGAGCUAUUGUUUUAUACGGCAAUAAAAAUUAACAUUUUCCACAGCAGGAAUUCAA